CAGACCUGCCUUGCCCUUAGAGUUCAGCCGGUUAGGUCAAGUAGAAUGCGUUGGGCUCCCUCAGUAUCAGAACUUGUGUGGGGAACUCUUUGCUUUUGGCCUAACCAAAACCAGACCUGCUUAGCACUUAGAGUCCAGCCGGUUAGGUCGAGUAGAAUGCGUUGGGCUCCCUCAGUAUCAGAACUUGUGUGGGGAACUCUUCGCUUUUGGCCUAACCAAAACCAGACCUGCCUAGCCCUUAAAGUCCAGUCGGUUAGGUCGAGUAAAAUGCGUUGGGCUCCCUCAGUAUCAGAACUUGUGUGGGGAACUCUUUGCUUUUGGCCUAACCAAAACCAGACCUGCCUAGCCCUUAGAGUCCAGCCGGUUAGGUCGAGUAAAAUGCGUUGGGCUCCAUCAGUAUCAGAACUUGUGUGGGGAACACUUCGCUUUUGGCCUAACCAAAACCAGACCUGCCUAGCCCUUAGAGUCCAACCGGUUAGGUCGAGUAAAAUGCGUUGGGCUCCCUCAGUAUCAGAACUUGUGUGGGGAACUCUUUGCUUUUGGCCUAACCAAAACCAGACCUGCCUAGCCCUUAGAGUCCAGCCGGUUAGGUCGAGUAAAAUGCGUUGGGCUCCCUCAGUAUCAGAACUUGUGUGGGGAACUCUUUGCUUUUGGCCUAACCAAAACCAGACCUGCCUAGCCCUUAGAGUCCAGCCGGUUAGGUCGAGUAAAAUGCGUUGGGCUCCCUCAGUAUCAGAACUUGUGUGGGGAACACUUCGCUUUUGGCCUAACCAAAACCAGACCUGCCUAGCCCUUAGAGUCCAGCCGGUUAGGUCGAGUAAAAUGCGUUGGGCUCCCUCAGUAUCAGAACUUGUGUGGGGAACUCUUUGCUUUUGGCCUAACCAAAACAAGACCUGCCUAGCCCUUAGAGUCCAGCCGGUUAGGUCGAGUAAAAUGCGUUGGGCUCCCUCAGUAUCAGAACUUGUGUGGGGAACUCUUUGCUUUUGGCCUAACCAAAACCAGACCUGCCUAGCCCUUAGAGUCCAGCCGGUUAGGUCGAGUAAAAUGCGUUGGGCUCCCUCAGUAUCAGAACUUGUGUGGGGAACUCUUUGCUUUUGGCCUAACCAAAACCAGACCUGCCUAGCCCUUAGAGUCCAGCCGGUUAGGUCGAGUAAAAUGCGUUGGGCUCCCUCAGUAUCAGAACUUGUGUGGGGAACACUUCGCUUUUGGCCUAACCAAAACCAGACCUGCCUAGCCCUUAGAGUCCAGCCGGUUAGGUCGAGUAAAAUGCGUUGGGCUCCCUCAGUAUCAGAACUUGUGUGGGGAACUCUUUGCUUUUGGCCUAACCAAAACCAGACCUGCUUAGCACUUAGAGUCCAGCCGGUUAGGUCGAGUAGAAUGCGUUGGGCUCCCUCAGUAUCAGAACUUGUGUGGGGAACUCUUCGCUUUUGGCCUAACCAAAACCAGACCUGCCUAGCCCUUAGAGUCCAACCGGUUAGGUCGAGUAAAAUGCGUUGGGCUCCCUCAGUAUCAGAACUUGUGUGGGGAACUCUUUGCUUUUGGCCUAACCAAAACCAGACCUUCCUAGCCCUUAGAGUCCAGCCGGUUAGGUCGAGUAAAAUGCGUUGGGCUCCCUCAGUAUCAGAACUUGUGUGGGGAACACUUCGCUUUUGGCCUAACCAAAACCAGACCUGCCUAGCCCUUAGAGUCCAGCUGGUUAGGUCAAGUAGAAUGCAUGCAAUUCUUGUGGAAUGUUCUUAAAAAAAAUUAAAGUUUGUUGAGUUUGAGAUUGAAUAUGGAAAUAUUUGUCUUUUUUAACUUAAAAUUUUGAUGAAAUUGCAUUUCUUUUUUAUUUGAGUCAGAUUGUUCUUUUGUAUCUUGGAAUUUUUUUUAAUUCAUGUUUCUUUAAUGUUGAAUGGGUGUGAAACAAUGUUAGGGUCUGAAAUCUUGGUGGAAUGUUGGGAUGAUGAUUUAGGAAUUAAUUCCUCUUUCUUAGAAGGAUCUGAAUCUAUAUAAGGUCUUCUUCUCUGUUUCCUUUGAUUUGUGGUAUCUUGUAGGUUCUUUAAUUCUUAUUGGAAAUUUUUGGAUACUCUGAGUUGUACAUAAAAGAAGGGAUAGAAGAUUUCUGAAGACAGAGCAAUUAAUUAGUAGAAGAAAAUGAAGAGAAAGAAAUUUAAAGGAUAUGCUUCAACAAUGAGCCUAAUGGUUACAUCAGAAAAUAGGUAUUUUGUUUUGAUUUUUUUUCUAACUAACUUGGUUAGCAUGGCGAAGCAUUGCCAGAGGUAUGGAUCUUUACAACACAGGUUUCUGUUUUCUCAAUUUCUUCUCUAAUGAAGUGAUGCCUAAUAUCUCUGUGUUUUAUUAUAUUGUGAAACUGGUGAUUCUUAGUUAGAUAUAUUAUGCUCUACUUAUUACAAUAUAUUUUGAUUUUUGCUUGUUUGAUUUUGAAUCAUUCAAUAACUCUUUUGCUUUCAAAGUUUGAAAUCUCCACAUCACAUUUGACUUAUUUGUCAACUAAAGAGCUUGCAUGAAUAUUGAUUGAGAUACUAAGAAGCUUUUAUUUUUCUUUCGUGUUUCCAAUUUUGCAUUGAUUGACAAAUUUGCAUGGAGGGCAUUGUAAGCUCUAUUUGAACAAAAAUGUGAUUAAUCACUUCUGCUUGCUUGUUUUAUGGAGUUUUCUUUCUUAGCUUGAACGUUGUUUCAAAAUUUCAAGUUUUAAAACGUGACAUAACAAAGGGAAACAUUAACAAGUAAGAAAAAACAGUACGCACAUACAUAUAUAUGUGAAUAUGUGAGUCUAAAUUCAUGUAAUUUCACUGUCAAAUUUUCAAGAAUGAACUGACUCAAUUGAAUUCCAAUUUUAUUCAUUCCAAUUGCAUGAUUGAGUUUGAUUUCUAAAAGAUGUAGGCUAGAAAAGGAGGUGAGCUAAUAUGAAAUGGAAGAACCAUAACAAGAGGAGUACUGGAUUUGUUGAGAAAUGGGAGAGAGACUCCAUGGCUCCCAUUUGUGAAACUUUUGCAAUCGAUGUUAAUGUCGA